UGGGCCCUCCUCGGCUUCCGUCCCAGAUGAUCCCUCCCCGCGGGUGCCGCCGCCUCCUCCAUCUCCCGAAGCGGUAGCCACCUCCUCGGUCAGUGGCGUAGCCGGACUCGGGGUCGGGACCAGCCAGAUAGGGGCGGAGGUCCGGAGCCUGGUCUAGACCCGAGCGGGGGGCCAUGGAGAAAGCGGCCCGAGGCGCUCUCCACACCGACUAAGCGGGCCCGUUGCAGCUGCAGGCGCCAUGGACCGAGCCCCCGCAGACCAGAAUGUCAAGCUGUCAGCUGAGGUAGAGCCAUUUAUUCCCCAGAAGAAGAAUCCUGAUGCAUUUAUGAUCCCUAUGGCACUCCCAAAUGAUAACGGAAAUGUUUCUGGUGUGGAACCAACUCCAAUUCCCAGCUACUUGAUUACUUGUUAUCCGUUUGUGCAGGAAAAUCAGUCUAAUAGACAGUUUCCAUUAUAUAACAAUGAUAUACGAUGGCAACAGCCCAAUCCAAACCCUGCUGGACCAUACCUUGCCUACCCCAUUAUAUCUGCUCAGCCACCUGUUUCUACAGAGUAUACAUAUUAUCAGCUGAUGCCAGCACCAUGUGCCCAAGUUAUGGGAUUCUAUCAUCCUUUUCCUACACCAUACUCCAACACCUUUCAGGCUGCAAGUACUGUAAAUACUAUAACCACAGAAUGCACUGAGCGUCCAAAUCAGCUUGGACAGGUCUUCCCAUUGUCCAGUCAUCGAAGCAGAAACAGUAACAGAGGACCAGUGGUACCAAAACAACAGCUUUUACAACCGCACAUAAAAAGCAAAAGGCCACUGGUGAAAAAUGUAGCUACUCAGAAAGAGACAAAUGCAGCAGGUCCUGAUAAUCGAUCAAAAAUUGUGCUUCUGGUAGAUGCUUCACAGCAAACUGAUUUCCCGUCCGACAUUGCUAACAAGUCUCUUUCGGAGAGCUCUGCCACGAUGCUCUGGAAGUCCAAAGGCAGGAGGAGAAGAACAUCCCACCCUACUGCCGAAUCCUCCAGUGAGCAGGGGGCUAGUGAAGCCGACAUUGACAGCGACAGUGGUUACUGCGGUCCCAAACACGGCACCAACCAGCCCCCAGCAGGGGCUUUGCGAAAUCCUGAUUCUGGCACCAAUGAAUCAUGUGAAUCAUCUAUAUGUGCAGGUGGUGUAAAUUGGUCCAAUGUAACUUGCCAGGCAACUCAGAAAAAACCUUGGAUGGAAAAAAGUCAGACAUUUUCUAGAGGUGGAAGGCAGACUGAACAAAGAAAUAACUCACAGGUUGGAUUCAGAUACCGAGGACAUAGUACUUCCUCAGAAAGAAGACAGAAUUUGCAAAAGAGACAAGAUAAUAAGCAUUUAAACCCCAGUCAGUCUCACAGAGGUGACCCAAAUUCUGACUCUUUAUAUUUGGAGGAUGAAGAUGGGUUUCGAGAACUAAAUGAGAAUGGAAAUGCUAAAGAAGAGAAUAUUCAACAGAAACUUUCUUCAAAAGUAUUGGAUGAUUUACCUGAAAACUCCCCAAUCAAUAUAGUGCAGACUCCAAUUCCUAUUACAACCUCAGUUCCUAAACGUGCAAAAAGUCAGAAGAAGAAAGCUUUAGCGGCGGCCCUUGCCACAGCUCAAGAAUAUUCAGAAAUAAGUAUGGAGCAAAAAAAAUUACAGGAAGCUUUAUCAAAGGCAGCUGGAAAAAAGAAUAAAACACCUGUGCAGCUAGAUUUGGGGGACAUGUUAGCAGCUCUGGAAAAACAACAACAAGCCAUGAAAGCGCGGCAAAUAACUAAUACCAGACCUCUGUCAUAUACAGUGGUCACUGCAGCUUCUUUUCACACUAAAGACUCUACUAACAGAAAACCUUUAACCAAAAGUCAGCCCUGUUUGACAUCCUUUAAUUCUUUGGACAUCACUUCCUCUAAAGCAAAAAAAGGAAAAGAGAAGGAAAUUGCAAAAUUAAAACGGCCCACAGCACUUAAAAAGGUUAUUUUGAAAGAAAGAGAGGAAAAGAAGGGCCGUUUAACUGUGGACCACAAUCUUUUGGGAUCUGAGGAACCAAUAGAAAUGCACUUAGAUUUUAUUGAUGAUUUGCCACAGGAGAUUGUUUCCCAGGAAGAUACUGGACUGAGCAUGCCCAGUGAUACUUCACUCUCUCCCGCAAGUCAGAACUCUCCGUACUGUAUGACACCUGUGUCACAAGGCUCUCCAGCAAGUUCUGGAAUAGGCAGUCCAAUGGCAUCUUCAACAAUAACCAAAAUCCACAGCAAAAGAUUUAGAGAGUAUUGUAAUCAGGUUCUUUGUAAAGAGAUUGAUGAAUGUGUGACUCUUCUUCUUCAAGAGCUUGUCAGUUUCCAGGAACGCAUCUACCAAAAGGAUCCUGUAAGAGCCAAAGCAAGGAGACGCCUGGUUAUGGGCCUAAGGGAAGUUACGAAACAUAUGAAGUUAAACAAGAUCAAGUGUGUGAUAAUUUCUCCAAAUUGUGAAAAAAUCCAGUCAAAAGGUGGCCUGGAUGAGGCUCUCUAUAAUGUUAUCGCCAUGGCACGGGAACAAGAAAUUCCAUUUGUGUUUGCCCUUGGAAGAAAAGCUCUAGGACGCUGUGUGAACAAGCUAGUUCCUGUUAGUGUAGUGGGAAUCUUCAACUACUCUGGUGCUGAGAGCCUGUUUAAUAAGUUAGUAGAACUCACUGAGGAAGCCAGGAAAGCAUAUAAAGAUAUGGUCGCUGCAAUGGAACAAGAGCAGGCGGAGGAAGCCUUAAAGAACGUGAAAAAGGUGCCACACCACAUGGGCCAUUCUCGGAAUCCCUCUGCAGCAAGUGCCAUUUCUUUCUGCAGUGUUAUUUCUGAACCCAUCUCUGAAGUAAAUGAGAAGGAAUAUGAAACAAAUUGGAGAAACAUGGUGGAAACUUCAGAUGGCCUGGAAACAUCAGAAAAUGAGAGAGAGGUUUCCUAUAAACACAACACGUCUGAAAAACCCAGUAAACUUCCUUUUGACACCGCCCCUGCUGAUAGGCAGCCAUCAUUAGUGGCCGCAGGCAGUACUACCUCAGCUGCAAACCCUGGGAAAUCCACAGUGAGUGACAAAGAGGAAGUGAAGCCAGACGACCUGGAGUGGGCCUCACAGCAGAGUACGGAGACCGGCUCUUUGGAUGGCAGUUGCCGAGAUCUUUUGAAUUCCUCCAUCACUAGCACGACCAGCACUCUUGUACCUGGCAUGCUUGAAGAAGAAGAUGAUGAAGAUGAGGAGGAAGAGGAAGAUUAUACUCACGAACCCAUAUCUGUAGAAGUACAGCUCAAUAGUAGAAUUGAGUCUUGGGUCUCUGAGACCCAGCGCACCAUGGAAACUCUUCAGCUUGGGAAAACCCUGAAUGGUUCUGAGGAAGACGAUGCAGAGCAAAGCGGCGAAGAGGAAGCAGAGGUGCCUGAGGGGCUGGAGCCAGGGAUGGACAGCGAGGCCUGGACUACGGACCAGCCAGCAAGUCUGGGGCCGCAGAAGCCCAGCAAGUGCAGCUCUCUGAACAUCGAGCACUCUGAUCCCAGUCGUCCGCCCCCAAAUCUUUAACUCAGGAAAUGGAAGCUUUCUGUCUCCAGCUGUGUAAGGGUUACAGCCAUUAUCUCUUACGCUUCAUCUCAACAUUUUACACUGUCCAGUAUUUAAUACAUGUUUAAUUCCUGACAACAUUUUCGUAGCUGUCUUUUUACUUGUUUUGUUAUGACCUAUAGCUUAGCUUUUAAUUAGCAUAGAAGUGUCUUUCUAAGAACUGUGUGGAAAAUACAGAAUUGUUUCAGCUUAUUUUGUUACGGAAAAUAAUGAUUAAAAGAAGAACAAGAGCACGUUUUAAAGGCAAUAAAUUUAAAAUACCUAUUUAGAGUCAUUUUGAAAGUUGAAGAUCAACUUUCUAAAGUUGAUCUUUAGAUCAACUUUCUGAAGUUCUAAGGAUAGGAGCAGUUAUCAAUGUUUGCUUCAAGACUACGCUUCUUUCAAGUUAUUUGGGCUUCUUUAAGAAAGAACUGGCAGUAGAGUUAAAAAAAACUAAAAAAAAAAAAAGGCUGAGGUUAACAGUCUACAAAGUGUUUUGUGUUAAAAAUUGAUUCAACUUUUAUUUGGUCCAUAAAUGCUUGUUUCAGAAGUCACUGAUCAUUGUAAUCGAUCAGACUUGGGAUGGGUAAAAACGGAGCCUCUGAUACUUAGGCUGGCAAAGGAGCCACCGUGAUAGGUUAGAGCUGGCCUUAUUUGUAGAAAGUGAUAAAUAUUGUCUUUAAUAGUGAAAAGUCACCCAUGAUAGGACCUUCCAGGUUCUGUCUCCUAUUUGCUUCUUACCUCAGGAAUGCUUUUGUACAUAGUCCUAAUUACAUAAAGUAGGCAAAUUUUGACAUUGAAUAACUGUAACUGAUUGUAUGACUGCAGCACUUACAUGUAAACUAUUGAGAAACAAAGUUUUAUACUGAUGUGUUCUCUUGCAUGCUUCUGAUUCAGGACGCUCUGAAUUUGAAAUAUGGAUUUGUUAGGCAAUUCAAACUUACCCUAAGUGAACAACCAUUUCACCUUUUAAAACUACAUAUUUUGCCCCUAGCCUCAAGCACCUGCCAUGUAACACUAACCAUAGUUACUGAUAGGAAGUCAGGGAAAGGAACUUGACACAACUUAUAACUUGUAUCCUGGUUAGUCAGGGCCUGGAAGAGGAAUUUUUGAAGAAAAGAGAAAAUUGUUCUAAUUGUGUUGAAACUAUUAGAUGAUUUAGAGUAUGCAGAUAUACACAGGUAUUAAUUCUUGAUCACUAUUAUUUAUCUCUACCCUUCUCUAGGAAUGUGUAUACCUGCUUGGGAGAAAUUAAACUUACUAGCUAAAUGUUUUAUUUGCUAGUCAGACAUCACCUGGUAGUGAGUGACCGUUACAAGUUUGUAUAAUGAUGAGAGAAUUACAAAUUACUUAUUAUUCUGCCUUCCCUCCAACCCACACACACACACACACACACACACACACACACACACACACACACACACACACACCAGCUUUACAUUUACAAGCUCACACACACACACACAGACACACACACACACACACACCAGCUUUACAUUUACAAGCUCCCAUAAGCAGGCACUGAAUCGAGGAGGGAGGGGUAUUUUCCCUGCCCUGGUUUUAUGGGGCAGGCUUUGCCUCACUGAGGCAGGUGGGAAGAAUUGGACGGAUUCUUUACUGAACUCAUUGGGACUACUGUGCUAGUUUUGAUGUUUUAUAAUGUUGGUAUUUAAUUACUGGAGAGAUCAGAUUUUUGGUUGAUGGUUUAGAAUUUGUGAAUUGUGAGAGUUUAGGAGCAUCGCUGUGUAGAAAAUGUCAGUCUCUCAACUUUCUUAGUGUGCUAAAAGGGGACAUUAUUGUACUGUCCUGUCUAAACUGUUCAGUAUAGACUUAGGCACAAAAUAUCCAGUACUUCAAGGAACACAGCAUGUAAGGAAUGAAGCCUCUGAAAUAAUAAUCAUGGAUUUAUAUGUGGCAGAUCUUACUGUCUACACAUCUGGAAGUGUCAGUUGAUUCAAAGAAAUGAUGGAGUUUUUGAACUACUGACAAUCUUAAAAGUGAAUUUAAAGCCUUUUCAUACUUUUUAAUGGUGUAAAUUUUCUUUGCUCGGUGUCAGUGGUUCAGCGACUCUUGAUCUUGAUUGAGGUAAUGGCUUUUCAAAGGUUUCGUAUAUUUUAUAUCUCUUCUGAAUAAGAAUUGUCAUUUUAGAUUUUUGACAUUUGUAUCAAAAGAGAAGUUGAGGAAAUCUUGCAAACACCAAUAACUUUUCCUUUUGCUAUAGACUUUAGAAGUGUUCAAUUAUGUGUUCGAUAAAUGCUCUUGCACGUGCAGUAUCUUCUGCCAGCAAACGAAAGGGACCACAGCCUUUUUUAUAUGAGACAGGUCACUGACCUCUAGAGGACACACCAAAAUUUAUUAAAGGAAACGAUACUAUGUUGAAAGUAUCCUUAAGUAAGUGUGAAUAAUGUCUUUAUAAUUUGUUUCCUUUGGAUAAAUUCUGGAAUUUGUGUAAAUUAUAUACAAGAGAAGGUGUGAAAAUUAGAGAAGUGGCUUUUUUUGGAUCUAGGGUGAGCGGCUCUUGGAAGACCUAGAGAGAGAUCUAAUGGUGAGUGUAAGGGUUUAUCAUCACAAGAAAUAAAACCAUAGUGAUUUUUUUCUAGUGUGUAGAGGUUUUACUGGCAAUAAUAAUAGAUUUCUAUUUCAAUACAUAAGUGUAUGAAUUGCACUCCCAAAACUAGAUUUCUGGUUUAGUAGGUUCGUUUGCUAUGAAGAUUACUUCUCAAAAGGCAAAUGUUCAUAUUAAUUUUUGGUUUAAAUAUGUUUGUAAAUGAUGUAAUAUAUUUCUUUUGACUAAACAUGGGAAAAUAAUCUGAUAUACAUUGGAAAGUUUUAAAGGCUUUGACUGGAGGUCAUUUUUGUGGAGAUGGUAUUUUAUAUCUUCCAGUAUUUGGAAAAGAAUUAGUCAAAAGGAAUUCACAUAGUUUAAAUACUGAGAAAUUAAUAUCCAAAUAAUGUACUUGUCUGAUUUCUUAAUAAGCCGGGGGAGGCUGGGGGGGGUGGUAAUUGUAAUGUGCAAAUGAGGAGUGAAUUCUACACUCAUGUUUCAGCUCUUUAACCUAAAGCUGUUGAAUCUUCACACGUCAUUACUUUAAUAUAUGUAUAAAGAAGUAUUUCUGUUUGUAAAGCUGCUGUUUGCUUUUAAAAAACCUGUCAUUUAAGUAUUUUCUGUAUGUUGUGCCAACAGGUUAGAACAUUAACUUAUCCAUUUAAAAACUUUAUCUUUUUUUUUUAUUUAAAAAUUUUUCUGUGAAAUAAUUUAUUUACAGACAUCUUCCUUCUCCUUUGCCCCAUCCAACCGUUACACAAAUCACAGAAUCAUCCAAACUGUUUGCCUGAUUGGAAAUCUGAAUCCUAAUUAAUCAUAAAAAUCUAAACUUUGUUGGCACAUCAAACCUUAAAAGUAUGUGUUAUUUUGUAAUUUAAUUUCUAAAUAUAUCACAUAAAUAUAUAAUUUAAUGUCUUAAUUGUAAUGCUCUAAUAAAAAACUAGAAAAAAUAGUACGCAUUAUAACAUGAAGGGAUUUUCAUCUGUUCUUUUGCUGUAUGAAGGAUAAUUGUUAUAUCACAUUUUAGGAAUAAUAACAGCUUUUUUUGCACUAUGUAAA